AUGUCUGAAGCUGGGGAACAUCACUCACUCGUCAGUGUGUGUUCUGCAGCCAGGUAUUCUCCUCAAAGGAUGAAUUGCAAGCACACUUCAGAACGUCAUGCAAAUCGUGAAAUAGAUAUAAAGGGUAAACCUCGGGUGGUGGAGAAGAAGACUGAAAACGGGAGUCCCAGUAAAGCUGUGGGUGAAAAGAAUAACGCGCCUGUUUCUCCAAAGGCUGUAGAUAAUGCAGUUUGUGAUGUAUGCGGUGAACGUUUCAGCACCGUUUCCCUUGCCAUCUCUCACAAGUUUCGCAAACAUCCAGAGUCUGAAGUGAAACAUUAUUGUCCACACUGUGGCAUGAUGUUCCCAAUAAAGGUAAAUCGUGAUAAUCAUGUCCUGGCUCACCCGGCAAUUACACCAAAGCAAGUUUUUCCAUGUAUGUCAUGUGGUGUAUCUUUUUACAAUCUUGCAGCUAGGAAGUUUCACAUGGACUCUGCUCACAAAGGGUCUAAUCGCAUGAUUAACCCUAUUGACACUCCUGCUCCCAGUUUGAAAAUAGUUCUGAACAAUGCAGGUGAAGCUUAUAGCGUAUAUUACUGUCAUCUGUGCGGCUGUGAAUAUCAAGUAAAAUACAACCUUCAAAAGCAUCUUGAGACCCGUCACUCUGAAUUGGAACGCACCUCUGUGCCAGAGCAAAUAGUUCAGUGCAAUUUGUGUACAGCUCUCUUUUAUUCAAAGAGGGCCUAUGAAGCACACAGUCACCAUCACAGGGAAUCAGACUUAUAUGCUACUAAUGAGGCAAUGAGGCAGAGUAUAGUGCAAAGAAUCGAUCAAGAUUUUGACCAGCGAAGAGUUCCAACAACUAUAGAAAGGUACUUAUCAGCUUCAGCAGUUAGUUCUAAUCGAUCAGCCACUUGGCGUAAUAUUAGAGCAGCAAGACGAAAAGAGGAGCUGCUGAUAUCUCGCCCGAAGCAGAAACACAUUGAAACCAAGGAGCUUGUCGUUAAAAUUAAUUCUAAGUAUGUGCCAGUUGCUUCCAAAAAAUCAAGAACUCAUUCCUUAACUUCCAGUUGCUCAGUGUUGCCUACUAGUGAUUUAAACGAGAAGAGUGUUUUUAGUGAUGGCAGUACUUCUGAAGAUAUAGAUGAUUAUUUGCAAAGUGAAAAUCUUUGCUGGGGAAUGGGAAGCAAAAGUACAUCGAAGAAACGAAUGCUCAAUGACUCUGAGGAGGAUGACUCUGAAGUUCGAACUUUAGGGUCUGUUAAUCCAGACACUGUCAUGCCUAAUCCAAAGUUGAUUUGUGUUGAUGUAGGAAACAAGGCCUCACCAUUACCUGAUGAUAAUAGUGAAGUGUUGAGUGAAAACUUGGAGGAGAGACUAUGUCCUGAAAAGAUCAAGACUAUAAAUGAAAAAAGACCAAGAAGUAAAAGAAUUGAUUCCAGCAGUAAAAAGAUAUCAAAAAGCAAGGACUGUAGUGCUGCUGUGGGAGACAUCAGUAAUUUUAGCUCUGACAAAGAUGGGAACAGUGGAAUGCUAAUGGCUUAGGGCAGUUCCAUUGAACGACAACCUUGAAUCACAACUGUAAUGUUUAAUAGCUGCAACCAAGACUGGAACUGAGCUGUAAAUUAAUUAUAUUGGCAAGGUUUGCUUAAGUCUGUCAUUGAUCUUACACAGAGGUAGUUUUAGAGCUUCAGAAACAUUCCUGUAUACCAUUGAAAUUAUUCCUAUUUCCUAAACAGAGUUUUGUUCACAUAGCUUUGACAUAUUUUUUCCCCAUCAAGUUAGACCAUCUGUUUUUUGACUGGUAUUCAUAUUCUGAAGUAUGUUUUGGCCUUAGAAAUCAUAGUUAUUUGCAGAUGUCUAGACAGUUGAAUAUUCAUAUACUAUAUGAAGUAGUGUGAAUCAUAAAAUCAAAAUAUCUAUCAAGUGUGUGACAAGUAUUAUAUUUAUGCAGUAUUUUUUAAAUAGAAGUUAUCAAAUUUAUACCUCACUAUACUUAUUAUAAUUACACUGUACCUUAGAAAUUUAGUAGUUAACAUGGAAUGUUUGCUCAUACUGAAUAUAUUUAUUAUAUUGAAAUUACAUAAUUAUGUAUAUAUUAUAUAAUUAUCUUUACUGUACAUUUCAAUAAAAUAGGCUUUAUCCCCAUAAGCAAACUUAGAUUACUGGUAUCUCAUCGAAGAGUUUCAUCUGCAUUGAAGGUUUGUAUAUGGCAUUAGAAUAAAUGAAUUAGAUUUUC